AUGUCUCAAUUUAGUUUGAGCCGGCGACGAAGAUGGAGCCGGAAUCGGACCUUCUCUUCUCUUUCACGCUUAUUCUUCUCUCUACUUCCUCCUUCUCAUUUAACUCACUGCAUCUCCCUCUCUCCCUCUCUCUCCUCUCUCUCUCUCCCUCUCUCCCUCUCUCUCUCUCCCCCUCUCCCUCUCUCUCUCUCCCUCUCUCUCUCCUCUCUCUCUCCUCUCUCUCUCUCUCUCUCUCUCUCUGUGUUAAUUUACCUGAUUUCUCGGAUUCCGACAUUAUAUCUCUUUUCCUAUUACAUUCAUUCCUUCUUACUUUCUUUCUUCGGUUACUUUUAUAUUUCUUCUAUUGCCAACUCAGCAUCGCCAACUCAGCAUCGCCAACUAGGCACUGCCAACGGCACGGCCAACUUGGAUCGGCCAACUCGGAUCGACCAACUCAGCAAUGCCAAGUCAGAAUUGCCAACUCGGCACCGUCAACUCGGCAUUGCCAACUUAACAUCGCCAACUCGGCACAGCCAACUCGGCACACCCAACUUGGCACUGCCAACUUGGCACGUCUGUUCUUUCCUCGUCUUUUCUCUCUUCUUAAUGUUUGUUUCUUUCUCUUUUCGCCAUCAGUAUUAUCACAUUACCUUCCUCCUCCUCGACUUCCUCUUCUCAACUACAAUUAGUGCCCACAUUGCACCGUGUUGGUCUUGGAGACUUGUCUGCCCACAUCGCUCUAAUGAUUCCCAUUAUCGCGUAAUUGCAGCGAGAAUGGAUUCUGUGUACGUUCGACGCGCACUUCGCUCCAGCGAAAAAUGUGCGGCAAAGUGUAGCCAUUUGCCGAGAACUCUGCGAUCAUUACUUACGCGCCGUUCGAGCCUAAGUGUUUUCCACAACAUCCAAAGACUUGCCAUCAACAUGUUAGCUGCGAACGGCCGUAUUAGCGUUGAAAAAUGUAUGCAAUUACCUCGUUCGGAACGGGCAAAAGGAGAGGGCGCGUGUCAAUUACAUAUAAUAGCCGUACACGCAGAGUUGGUAGGCGGAACAACGACUGCACACCGCAUUGGCAAGAAAAAUGUUCUUUUUACUGCUCGGCCUACUCCCUACUCUACCACCGCUUAUCUCUCCUCCACUUUCUCUUGGCUUAUCUUUUAUUUCUCUAUGUUUUUCUUUGUUUUCUUUCCAACUUUACAAUUGACAUUAUUUCCCCUUUUUCUAUUUUACAUGUUUUGCUUUAGUUUUUAUGCAUUCCAAUUUUCUUUUUCCUCUUCUAUUUCAUUUUCUUUUAAUUCUAUCUAUAAAUUACUUUUUCUUUCUUUUUUUCAGUUCUUUUCUUUGCCUUCUGUUUCUUUAUUUCCACUACAUAAUAUUUUUAUUUCUUCUUUUCUUUUUUUUUCACUUUUUUCUUAUUAUUUUCCACGUUUCUUAAAGUUCUUUUCUUUUCUCUCUUACAUUAUUUCUUUCUUUAAUGUCAUUCUUUCCAACUUUAUCUUUCUUAAUUUUUUUCCUUCUUUUUUUACGUUCAUUCUUCCUCCUAUUUCUUACACUUUUUGUUCAUUUUCUUCUUUCUCUUCCAUUAUUUAUUUUCUGAAUUAUUUCUGUUCACUCUUAUUUUAA